GGGGGGGGGGGGGACACGACACACAGUGGGUGGCCAAAUUCUGCCUGGGGAGGAGCUGCUGGGGGGGGGGGGGGGGGGGGGGGUUGUGGGGUGUUGCCUGCCCACGUCUGCCUGUAACGGUGCCCUUUGCCCCCCCCAACCCCACCCUUGGCAGGCAGCUCGCCAUGGCCGACCUGAGCCACAUCCAGUCGGCCGCCUCCAAGAGCAUCCGUCCCUUCCGCUCCAGCGAGGAGUACCUGGAGGCCAUGAAGGAGGACCUGGCCGAGUGGUUCAACACCCUCUACGACCUGGACAUCCAGGUGGACACCUUCCUGGAGAGCCUGGAGACGGGUUGUCACCUCUGCCGACACGCCAACAACGUCAACCGCAUCGCCCUGGACUUCCAGCAACGGCACCCCGAGGUGGCCGCCCGUAUGCGCGUCCCCCAGAACGAGGUCGUCUUCCAAGCCAAGAAUGUGGUGCCGGGUUCCUUCAUCGCCCGGGAUAACGUCUCCAACUUCAUCCAGUGGUGCCGGCAGGACCUCGGCAUCCAGGACGUCCUCAUGUUCGAGACCAACGACUUGGUGCUGAAGAAGAACGAGAAGAACUUUGUCCUCUGCUUGUUGGAGGUGGCCAGGAGGGGCUCCAAGUUUGGCAUGCUAGCCCCCAUGCUGAUCCAAAUGGAGGAGGAGAUUGAGGAGGAGAUGAGGGACCAAAUGGCCUACAGCGUGCUGGGCACGCGCCAGGAGAGCCGGGACCCCCAGGCGCCCGCCUACCCCAGCAGGGCCCGGCCCAUCGCCCUCUGCGACCUGAAGAACCUGGACGAGCUGGUGCGGGAGAUCCUGGGCUGCUGCUCCUGCCCCUCGCAGUUCCCCAUGGUCAAGGUCUCCGAGGGUAAAUACAAAGUGGGCGACUCCAGCACACUCAUCUUCGUCCGAGUGCUGAGGAGCCACGUGAUGGUGCGUGUUGGCGGCGGCUGGGACACACUGGAACAUUACCUGGACAAGCAUGACCCGUGCCGCUGCUCCUCCCUCUCUCACCGCCUGCCCCAGCCCCGCGCCCCAGGCUUCUCCCCCACACCCCGCGCCCCCAGCCCCAGCACCCCCCGCCGCCCCCGCGCAGCCGGCACCCACUCGGCCGGUGGGGACGCCAACCACGCCAGAACGGAGCGGGGCAGCCACCAACUGAAAGGCGUCGGGGACACGGGCAUCCCGAAGCCACCGUCCGGCACCAAACAGGAGGGUUUGCCCCCACGGGGGGGGGGCCAGGCUCCCCUGCCCACCUCUGCCAGCCCUUCGAGGAGCCCCGCUGAGCCACGGGGAGCCGGCACGCUCAGGCCCCGCGACCCCGCUCCCGCCCGCUCCCGCCGCUGCUCGGGCGACAGCGAUUCCUCGACCUCCUCUGCGCAGAGCGGACCCCCGGCCCCGCGGGACGGGGGGACCCCCCGGCGUCGAGAACCCAACCGUGGGGUCCCACCGCAACUUCCCCGCGACGUCGGACCCUCGCCGGCCGGACGAACGGUCCCGGAGGAACGCGGCCGUUCGAGGGUCCCCAACGGGCCCGGCCGUGCCCCGCCGCGUGCCCGCAGCCACGGCCGCCCCGGCCCCCAGCCCCUGCUGCUCAUCAGCCGUCGACGGGACGGCCAGCACUCCUGGACGAGGGCAGAGACCCCCUCCCGGCCCGGCAGCCCCGCUCGUAGCCGGACCCCUUCCCGCCCGGCCGCCCGCAGCCCCGCUCCCGCCCCGCGUCGUUCCUCCCUGGAGGAAGGCCGACGGGUGGGGGGGUCCGGAGAGAGCCCCCGUGACGGCGGAGCCGCGGAGGCCUUGCAACGGGAGCUGGAGGAGCUGGCGAGGCGGCUGCGGGCCCCGCUGCGGCUGGAGCCCGGCCAGGAGCAGCAGCUCUUCCGUCGGCUGGAGGAGGAGUUCCUGGCCAACACCAGGAUGAUGGAGGAGCUGGAAGACGGGGAGAACCCCCCCGCGCCCCCGCUGCCCCCCGGCACCACCGCCGCCGCCGCCGACUCGGCCUACUGCUCCUCCAGCUCUUCCUCGUCCUCCCUCAACGUCUUCGGCAAGCACGGCCUCCCCGCCGAGGACGGCCGGCGGAGCGGGAACGGGGUCGGCCCCCCGCCGCCGCCGGCCCCCGAAAUGGCGGACGCUGGACGCCGGCCGGCCCUCUCCAGCUCCUCCGAUGAAAGCAGCUGCUUCCCGGCCUCCUGGGACGCCCGGGAGACGGGGGGGGGCCCCGAGUCCGACACCGACUGGGCGCCGGGGGAGGACGACCUGACGGAGACGGAGGAGACCCCCGCCGCGGCGGACGGACCCCCGGGGUUGCCGGGGGUCCCCGAGACGGUGCCUUCCCUCCCCGCGCCGCCCCCGCGGCCCUGGGCCAAGCCCCGGCUGGACACGCAGCCCCACAAGAAGCCCUCCAGGAUCCCCACCCCGAGGGGCUACGGGGCGGCCCCCCCACCGGCCCCCCACCAGCAGCCCCAAGCCGGGGAGCGCAAGACCUGGGGGGCUCUGCAGAGCGUCCUCUCCUCCUUCCUGGAGCCCGCCUGGGUCCCGCGGGAGCACGAGGGGCUGGAAGAGGACGCCUGGCCGUGAGUCGCCCAGCUUGGUGGCCGUGGGUGGCAGGCAGCGUGGGGAGAAGCCCCCAGCAAACCCCCCCCCCCCCCCCCCCGGCCACCCCCCGGGGACGUGACGGAGCUGCUGCUGCUGCUGGUGAUGGCACCCGCACGGAGAGACCCCGGCCGGGCGACCACCACGGAUCCGGAGUGGCCGGGGAGCCGGUGACUGUUGGCAGUUGGGGUCUGCAAGGAGGAGCCCCUGGCCCCAACCAGGGGCAAAGGGCCCCGGACGAGCCCCCGGUCCCAUGGGGAGCAGCUCCACGGUGGUGGUGGCCGGCGCAGAGAGCUGCAUCCUGGGCGCCGGGUUGGAGAGCAACCGGCUCUGCUCUUCUGAUCUUCACCUCUCCUCAUUUUUCCCCUCCUCUCCUUGUUUUCCUCAUCUUCUUGUCUUCUUCUCAUCUUCUUGUCCUUCUCCUCUUGUCAUCAUCAUCUCUUCUUGGCUGCCACCUUUUCUUGUCUUCUUCUCAUCUUCUUGGCCUUCUCUUGUCAUCGUCUUCUCUUCUUGGCUGCCGCCUUCUCUUGUCUUCUCAUCUUCUUGUCCUUCUUCUCUUGUCAUCGUCUUCUCUUCUUGGCUGCCUUCUCUUGUCUUCUUUUCUUCUUGUCCUCCUCUUGUCAUCAUCUUCUCUUCUUGGCUGCCUUCUCCUCUUGUUUUCUUCUCAUCUUCUUGUCCUUUUCUUCUUGGCCACCUUCUGCUCUCUUCUCUUUUUCCUCUUCUCUCCACAUCUGAGAUGACUCGGGGACAUGCAGCUUGGUGUCACAACCUGUAUUUCAGGGCGGGGGGGGGUGUCACUUUUUCCUCUCCAGCACCCAUCAGCCCCAGGCCGGCCGCAGCACUGUCCAUAGCGUGUGUUGAUGUCCCUAAUGUGGGACGGGGCUAUGCGUGGAGCCCCCUGCCCAGCCCACCGCGGCCCCCACCCCUCCGGCCCCGCAUGUCCUCCCAAGCCAGUAAAGACCAACAGAGCUGAA